AUGUCGUCGUCGGCGGUGGAGUUUAUGGCACAGCAACGGAGACGCGGUGAUGAUAACGACGGAGAAACAGUAGAGAACGGCGAGCUUGACUAUUUGCUUCUACGAACUUCCUCCGAACCAACAACUCCCACAAUUUCUCUGUCCACGGAAACUUUUCUUAGAGCAGCAAUGCUACUCAAGGACCAGGUUGUAGAGGCCACGUGGAGAGGCGGUGUUCCGAAUCCGGGUCUGGUGUUAGAUCCGACUGUUUACACAGGCAGACUCGGCACAGCUUUCACUUGCUUGAAGUCGUACGAGAUAACGAGGAACCAUCAGGAUCUGCUAACUUGCGCUGAGAUGAUCGACACGUGUGCCAACGUUGCACGUGCCACGACCAGGCACGUGACGUUUUUAUGUGGAAGAGGAGGAGUUUAUGCGCUGGGUGCAAUCGUAGCCAAUUACCAAGGGGACCAACCAAAGCGUGACCUCUUCCUCGGUCUUUUUCUUGAGGUAGCAGAAGAGAGAGAGCUACCAGCAGGACCAGAGGAAGGAGGAUUUGGGAUGUCAUAUGACCUUCUCUAUGGAAGAGCGGGUUUUCUUUGGGCUGCUUUGUUCCUUAACCGAUAUCUCGGUCAAGGCACUGUUCCUUACCAUCUCUUAUCUCCCAUCGUCGCAGCCAUCUUAUCCGGUGGCCGAGUUGGAGCCGCAGAUCACGAAGCUUGCCCUUUGCUAUACAGGCAAUUACUUAGACAUAAACAUUUAUUUCAAGAACUGUUCAAGAUUAGAAAAAAAUUAUAUAUUCUUUCUGUUUGUGGUUUAUAUAGGUUUCAUGGGACGCGAUUCUGGGGUGCGGCUAAUGGAUUAGCUGGGAUUUUGCACGUCUUGUUACAUUUUCCAUUAUCGGAAGAGGAUGUGAAGGAUGUGCAAGGGACGUUGAGGUACAUGAUGAGUAAUAGGUUUCCCAACAGCGGGAAUUACCCGUGCAGCGAAGGCAAUCCGAGAGAUAAGCUGGUCCAAUGGGCUCAUGGAGCGACAGGCAUGGCGAUUACUUUGGCCAAGGCGUCUCAGGUGUUUCCGAAUGAAAGGGAUUUCCGCGAAGCAGCCAUUGAAGCUGGAGAAGUAGUGUGGAAGAGUGGCUUGGUGAAGAAGGUAGGUUUAGCCGAUGGAGUUGCCGGUAAUGCCUACGCUUUCUUAUCGCUCUAUCGGUUAACAGGAGAUGUCGUAUACGUAGAGAGAGCAAAGGCGUUCGCUAGUUACUUGUGUUGUGAUGCGAGAGAUCUCGUGAAUGCUACAAGGGAAGAAGCUGAACACGAUCACUCGCUCUUUCGAGGACUGGCUGGACCAGUAUGUCUCUGGUUCGAUCUCGUGUCCCCUGUAGAUUCUAAGUUUCCUGGUUAUGAGAUAUAA